AUGUGGGCUACGGGCCGUGUUCCGCCGAGGUCCUUUCGCCCUCCUGCUCGUGUUCGUCGACCGCUCGCCAUGGACGCCAUGCAGACAGAAGCUCUCCCGAUUCAGCAGCCACAUCAACACCCGUCGCAUCAGCAACAGCAGCAGCGUGAGCAACAAGACGUAAUUGUGCCCGAGACACCGCCGGAACUGCAGCCACAGACGGUUGACCAGCUGGAUAUGCAGCAGGAAGAUGUGCUGCUCAACCACGAUGAUAUCACGGAUCUUUGCAAGUCAUACAUUGGUCCGCCCCUGCACCGACUCUCCCCCAUCCUCGGCGAGGACGACGACGAUGACGACGACAAAGAUGUGAAUGACGAAGACGACGAUGUAAACGAGCAAGAGGAGGACAACGGCGGGGACGAAGGCAGCAGCAUGGGCGCAGCAGUGGCUCCGAAUACACCUAGCAACGCUGAUACACAGCAGAGGCGCGCCCCUCCACUAGCCCGCUCCAAGUAA